AUGGCAUCAGUUGGCAAAGGCGAGCUGCAAAAUGUGCUUAUUCUGGAGACGGAGCUGGCUGGCGACAGGAGCGCCAGCCUGACGCCGGAAAAGAGCAAGGCACUGAAGCGCAAGAUUGAUCUUUAUCUUAUGCCGAUCAUGACUCUUUGUUUCUGCUUCCAUCUGAUGGAUAAGCUCGCGCUGUCUUACACCUCGAUCCUCGGCAUCCGCGAAGAUCUCCACUUGACCGACAGUGACUAUUCCUGGGCGAAUGGCAUAUACUAUUUCGGGUAUCUCGCAGCAUCGUAUCCGGCGGCAGUCCUCAUGGUGCGCUGGCCGGUCGCAAAAUUGAUCGCCGGCUCCCUGCUCGCAUGGGGCGCAAUCGCAAUGCUUACUGUGACUUGCCGCGAUGCUACGGGGCUUUUGAUCAAUCGCUUCUUCUUGGGCGUGGCCGAGGCUCCCCUCACGGCCGGGCUCACCAUAAUCGUGGCAAUGUGGUAUACACGAGAGGAGCAGCCAUUCAGGCAGUCUUUGUGGUAUCUGGGAGGCAGCAUCGGAGGCCUUGUUGGCAGCUUUGUUGGACUCGGCGUUACUAAUAUACACACGAUUGCAUCAUGGAAGGCACUAUAUCUUAUCCUUGGAGGUGCCACAGUUGUUGCAUCCGGGGUCGUCUUUCUCAUGCUCCCCGAUGUACCCUCAACUGCUUGGUUCCUCACCAAACAGGAGCGCAUUCUGGCCAUUGCCAGAGUCAGCGACAAUCUCACAGGCAUCAAGUCGACAAACUUUAGUUGGCCUCAGCUACGCGAGGCGCUUUGCGACAUGCAUACAUGGCUGCUCGUUUUGAACCAGCUGGCGCUCAACAUUCCCAAUGGAGGACUACAUCCGUUUUUAAACAUUUUUCUGCGCGGCACCGGCUUCACCAAGCGCGAGGUCUUUCUCCUCAACGCGUGCCAGUUCCCCAUCAUCUUUUUCAUGAAGCUCUACGUGGGCUGGGCCAGCACGCGGUACAAGAACACGCGCAUCUUCUGGAUGAUUGUCUGCCUGUGCAUCAGCGCCUUUGGCAUCAUCCUCAUGCGCCAGCUCCCGCCGCGCCUGAAAUGGGGGUCGCUGGGCGGGCGCGGUUCUGACCGACAUGUACACGGCCAACUAUGGGCUGCUCGCCGCCCUCACCUCUGGCAAUUUUGCGGGCUUCACCAAAAAAUCUUUGCUGCUGGCUGCGCCGGAAACAUUAUUGGCCCGCAGCUCUAUAAGGGUUCAGAAGCACCCUCCUAUCCAUCGGGCUAUCUUGCCAUGCUGAUCUGCAUUUUGGCUACUAUUGUUAUUUCUGUCAUUACCCUGUUUUACACUCUGUGGGAGAAUAAGCGUCGCGAUAGACUGCCUUGUGAGACGGAAGCGGCCACAAGCGACUCGACCGACAUGAUGGACGCUAUCGUGGUGAACUUGUCGGACAAGACGGAUAGGGAGCUCCCGCGGUUCAGGUACAUCUAUUAG